AUGCAUCCAAACACGCACGCGCAUGAGCCAAGAACAACACCCACCGACCCUGAAGGUGUUAACGAGUACAAACAACCUUUUAUCCACCAUGCGUCUGCGGCUCUGAGCGGCUGCUCUGUUCCCCAAACGGCAGUUAUCCCUCCAGCUGUCCAGUCCAGUGAGGUGCGGGGGGGCGUCACGCGGAGUCUGAGUCGCCAAGGAAGUGAAGUCACGGAUCACCCAGUGUUCUGUAACUCGGGGUGGGGCGUGACAGAGGAGUACCGGGGCCAGCGGACGUACUCCCCCUGUGUGCCACAGUCCCAGCACCCACUGUUGUACAGGAAUGACAGUACUGGCCCAGACAUGGACAGAGGGGUAGAGGCAGGAAGUGACAUGACUCCACCCACUCCUUCAUUCCCUAUCUCUCCGCCAACACCUUAUGUGAAAAGUAUGUCGGAAUUGAAUCAUCUCAGGCAAACACCAUCUCUCAUGCAGUCUUAUGGAGUCUACAGAACAGAAAAUGAACCCCGGGGAUACCCAGAGAGUAUCAGUCACGUUGGAGUCGAUAGUUUAACAGACCCCUCCAUCAACUGCCACCGGACGCUAAGUGCCACACACUCUGCCUCUAUUGUUGGGACCAGCCUUCAGUGGACAGACAGUUCAUCCACGAUCCAGUCCUGGCCAGAGCAUCCCGUCCUGAGCCGCCACUCGUCUCUGAGCAGCAGCUACCCCGCCAACAGACAACCACCGCUGCACGCCAUGUCGGUGGACUAUGGUCACCACUCUCCCCCCCUGCACCACCCCCACAUCCACCCUGCCCCCAACGCCCACAGCUCCCCCCGAAGCAUCCAGCGAAGCCGCAUGGCUCGCUACGCUCACGGCCGCAGUCCAGCUCAGAGCUUUGACGAGCACGAUGACUUGGCUCUCGGCUAUGUCGCGAACUGUGCAAACACCACCUCUAAUCUGCUGGGAAACGGAGGCAUGGACUUGGAACUUUUGACCACCAUGGAUGGGCAAAAUCAGUUACAACUGCCCCAGAUGCAGCCUCCACUUCUGCCUGAGAAGAAGAGGGCGUCAGAUGGGGACCAUUCGCUGGGAACAGCUUCUCCAGCCCUCAGUGGGUUCUCCAGUCCCCACAGUGGGAGCUCCCUGAGUAUUCCCUUCCCAAAUGUUUUGCCUGACCUCUCUGCUCAGACGCUGGGCACAGCCUCACCUCUGCCAGAUCUACUGGCCAGUAAGCAGGUUACUGUAAAAUUUGUGCAGGACACAUCCAAAUUCUGGUACAAGCCAGAUAUCUCAAGGGAUCAAGCCAUUUCAGUCUUGAAGGACAAGGAGCCUGGUUGCUUCAUUGUUCGAGACAGCCAUUCCUUCAGAGGGGCUUAUGGACUGGCCAUGAAGGUCGCUACCCCCCCACCCUCAGUUAUCCAACAGACCAAGAAAGGAGGCGAUCUAUCCGAUGAAUUAGUACGCCACUUCCUGAUUGAGUGUACACAGAAAGGUGUGCGGCUGAAGGGCUGCCCCAAUGAGCCUUAUUUUGGAAGCUUAACAGCGCUAGUCUGCCAACAUUCAAUCACCCCCUUGGCCCUGCCCUGCAAACUUAUCAUUCCUGACAGAGAUCCACUUGAAGAUGUUGUGGAGACUAACUCACAAUCUGUCACCAACUCUGCGGCUGAGCUGCUAAAACAGGGAGCAGCCUGUAAUGUGUGGUACCUCGGCUCCGUGGAGAUGGAGUCACUCACAGGCGUCCAGGCGGUGCAGAAAGCCACCAGUAUGUCCCUGAGCGCCAACCCUCCACCAACCUCCACCGUUGUUCACUUCAAGGUGUCUUCCCAGGGAAUCACCCUCACUGACAACCAGAGGAAGCUGUUCUUCAGGAGGCAUUACAAUGUGAAUACGGUCAUAUUUUGUGCAUUGGACCCUCAAGAUAGAAAGUGGAAAAGAGAUGGCUGCACUUCAGCAAAGGUUUUUGGCUUUGUGGCGAGGAAAUCUGGCACUUCCAUGGACAAUGUAUGUCACCUGUUUGCAGAGAAUGACCCUGAGCAGCCAGCAAGCGCCAUCGUCAACUUUGUUUCCAAGGUGAUGAUUGGCUCGCAGAAGAAUAAGUAGGACUGCUUCGGACAGAGCUGAUCACCUGGACAGACUUUUACUAUGGGUGGAAAAAAGAAAGACUGAAUGGCUGAACAUAGGGACAAAUGUAAAGGACCGAGGAUGUUGACUUUAACUCUGGAUUUUAACUGGAUAUUAGGUACAUAUUGGUCACCUUCAAGCACCAGGACAUUCAAUUACAUACUUCAAAUAUAAAUCCAUUCUAUGGUGUUAUUUUAUUUUCCUGUAAAAUGAACUGUAUAUUAGAAAACAACUACAUCAUAAGACAUAUCUAUCUAUUAUAACUGUCCAUGUGAUACAGUUAGAUUUAUUUUCUCCACAUAUUUUAAGGACAUAACAGUCACACAUUCCACAAAGGCUGCCUCUGUUUUUUGUGCAUCACCUUUUUUAUGGACAGAUCAUGAAAACCGUACCUUGUUAUAUGUCUUUUUUUUCUUCUUAUAUUUAACCAAAACAAACUUAAUUUAAGCUAAUAACAUUAUGUAAAGUUAUAGCCAGUGUAGAAGCACCUCUUUGUCCAGCAUGCAGUAUUGUGUUGUGUAGAGUUCAAAAUGUGGAAAAGCAGUGCAGCGAAAAAUAAUCAUUUAGAUUUGGGACAGGUUAACCACAGCCUUCUGUACAUGCACCGCAUGUAUGUGGCAUCUCUCAAUCUGUAAAAUAGCUGUCUUCAUAGGAUGUAUGUGAAUAGGACUACUUUUAAAGCUGUCUGCUACAUUUUUGAUGAACGUGUGUUUGUGUUGAAAUGAGAGAAACCAUAGAAAAAUAUUUUUGAUUAAUCCCUAAUAUAUAUUGAUUUGACAUAAGUUGGUUGAAAACACAUAGAAGAUAGUACAAGUGGUAUUCCACACAAAGCUGCCAAUUUUUUUACUUGUUUGCGCUCUUAUGUGGGGCUCAUGGCCAGUAACAGCACUGCUGUGUUUCAGUAUCCCGAUUGUACAUUUAAUUUUAACCUUAAAAAAAGGCAUAGGCUAUGAUAUACGGUGCAAGCAAAUGCUGCAGUUUUGCCAGGGUUUUUACAAGUUCUUAAAAGAAAGGAAAGAGCUCACGAAUCAAUUUAGGAUUUGAACAAUGUCAGUGACAUUAUACAAUAUAUUUGCUCUGGGACCAACAAGAUGAAGCUUGGCUAAAGAUUUAUAUUUUACUAGUUGAGAGCUUGUUGACAUUGUGUUGAGGUGAUGAUGACCAUAAAACUUUAUUCCUUUCAACUUUUUGUGUUUGGAAGCCAUUUUAUCAAGAGAGGGACCAACGGCCAAAAUAAAGCUCUGUUGUUAUUCCUUCAUUGUUUAUGUACACAUUUGUAAUCUUGUUAUCUAUUAUCUGUACCUCAUACUUAUUUCAUUUAAUACUGUGCCUCUGUGUAUAACAUGCUACUUGUGAACGGUUUAUUUGUAUAUUGAAAAUGCAUUGUUUUUUGUGUCCUGUAAAUAAAGAAAAUUAAACAUG